AUGCGAGACUUUUUCAGACGACACAUUUUAGCGAGAAGAUAUGCAAUUAUGAGAUUACUUGCUUUGAUUACUUUUAUCAGUUUCGUCGAAUUGAAGUUGGUGAGUUUUCAAAAUCAAGAUUGGGGAGGGUAAGGGAGGGGGGUUGAAGGGAUACAAUAUCUCUAAUUCGGACCAGGUUCCGAGUUCUGAAAACAUUUUGAAUGGCAACUGGAACACUUCGGAAUUAAAACACGUAUGAGUAAUCCUUUUUUGCCACCAAAGUUUUAAAUGAUAUUGGAUACAUUAUUUACCGAUAAUACUGUACAUAGAUAAUGUACAUAGAUUACCACCCAGAUACUUCAGUAUACACCACACAUUACGCGCAAAAACCUACAGUACUUCUCGGUAAUUGUGUUACAUACUAUAGCGAUUUUGUAGAUCUUAAUUUUUACAUAAGUCACAGAUUUUUGAACAUUCGUGCGUGAUUUAUCACAACAUGUCAGCCCAAUGAAACUUGGCAAUCGGUGAGAGUGAAGAAGACUUAGAGAAAAAUAGAUCAAAGGAACAUUGAAAAUUGUGGGUCUGAAAUUCCAUAAUUUUUGAAAUUGCGGAUGCUAAACAUGUUUUGUUUCAAAACAAAAUUGAGGAUAACUUUUAUUAGCUUGGCACAGUGAAAGUUCAACAAUGAAUUUUCAAAAAUCAAGCUGAAGCCUAAUUCUAGAUUUAAAAAUUCCUAGACCCACAAAUGUAACUCGAUGUAGAUCACGUAGGAUCUCAAUAUCUUUUUGUCUCUUUCACUCUCACCGAUUGCUUUUUGACAUGUUGUGGAUUUGGGUUUUUCGAGGUUUUAUCCAAACAUUUUGUUUUUUUUUCGUAAAAUGGGGUUCGAUUCGAAAAUUCCUCAAGCUCUCUUUAGAAGAGACUUUUGUUUUCAGAAAAAAUAACACUAUUUUUCAGCUAAAAAGUCAAAUUGGUAGUAAUUUAUUCCAUGUAAAAGUACAUCCACCACCUGCACAGGACAGAUCUUUGAGAGGACAACAUCGAAUUGAGAAUACAGUUUAUGGUGGGUUAUUUUUUUUUUGGGAAAGUAAAAUUUAUCACUUUUCACUUUGAUACUGGAGAUGAUCUUAACUUUGAGAACUUCUGUUGAUUUUUUUGAACUGUUGGCAUUUUUUUGUAUGUAAAAAUUGAUAAGGUUGAUAAUUUUCUAGACAAUUUCUGAAAUAUCUUCAUUUUCUAUUCAAUACCGUUUUGGUUUCAAAUAUUUUUUGUGAAAUGUUCUUUUCAGAAAAAAAUGUUCUCUGUGAAUUUUCCUAAUUUCAAAAGUUUACUGUAGAAUUAUCUUUCUCCAUUUUACUUCUAUUUUGUUUACUCAAACAUUGAAAAUAUAUAGAUUUACAUCUGAAUUCAGUUAUCAUGAACAAGAAACAGUAACACACGAACAAAACACUCAUUUUAUCGAUAAGUUUUGAAACGUAUCAUUUUGAAUUUUGGAUUAUUAAAAAGGUUUUCAAUUGUGCAAUUAUUUUCUACUGAAGCUCUGUAAAAAAUAUCUCUGAGGUUUAGGAAAAAUUUGAUUUUUGAAUUCAGAAAAAAACUAUAAUUUAUUUUUUAGAAAAUGACCUUUUUCAUUCAGUAACUCCUUAGAAUUAUUUUCCAAAAACUACAGUUUAGUUUACUGCUAGUUGAACUGUCUCCCUCGCCACGUGCUCUUCUUUUUUUCUCCCUCCUCAAGCUCAUUUGUCUGAACCCUCAACUAAACAGAGAAAGACAGAGGAGAUAUAUCCAUAUCUCGAAAAUCGUGAAAUUGAAUGAGAGGUGGUUUGAUAUAAUAUGGAGUGAUAAUCAAACAAAACACCAAUACAAAAAAUAGAAGGUGAGAAGAAGAGAGAAGUUAGAGAAAAAUAAAAACAAAAAACAACAAAAACAGAAGAGAGAGAAAGAGUGAAAGAGACACAUUUUGGAAAUUCGGAAACAAAGAUAGAGCUCACAGAAAUGGAUAUAUCAUAUCAUUUUGUAUUUUUGUAUGCACAAUUUUCAAAGUUUGGAAGUUUUAUAACAUUUUUUGUUGAAUUUUUACGUUGUUAGGAUUUCUAAAAUAUCUGUUUUUUUUCCAAAAAUUUUUUCUGAACUGCAGUUUUUAUGUUUAUCAAAAAUCUCUUCAUUCAUUAUAAAUUGAAACGUUCUCAGUUUUGAGUUUAUCCAAAAUUAUUUCAGUUUUGAAAAUUAGAAAAAUUCAAUUUUUUUCUAAAAAUUUAUGUUUUUUGGACAUUUUGAGAGCAGUUUUUUUAAGUAGGAAAACGUUCAGAAACAAUUUUUUCAAAUUGAAAAAUAGAAAAUUCGAAAAAAAAACUUUUUUUUCCGAAGAAGUUCAGAAUUUCAAAAUGUUGAACUCAAAAAGAGAGAAACACAGAAUUUUUCGAGAGAAAGUCACAGAAUCAAACCGAUUUGUAGUCCUCCUUGUUUCAAGAUCUACCUAGAUUUCUCUCGAAGAAUUUUUUUUUGUAAAAUUAUGAAUUAUUUCAAAUUCAAGAUUUUUAUAUGAAAAAUAAUUAUUAAAAAUCAUUGAAUUUCUGAGAAUCCGCAAAUGUAUAUCACCAAAAAUCCUCCCAUUCUUCAAACAUCUAUUUUCCAUCUCUAUCUCCAUCUCCAGCUCUCAGCUCAAUCUAUUUACCCUCAUCAUAUUUUCUCUCCCCAAAACAUCAUAAAACAAUCGAAAGUGUCUUUUUUUCCUUCCAAAUUCGGUGUGUCAAAAACAAACAAAUCUUAUUAUUUUCAUCUUUUUUUUCCAGAAAAAUAAAUGGUGGUGAUCUGAAAAAUAUGAGGAUUCAGAUCAUAUUUCUAUUUCUAUUUCUAUUUCUAAUUCAGUUUCAAAUAGUGAAAAGUGAUAAAAUUGUCAAGAGUCAAAUUGUGAAAAGUGUCAAUUAUGAUGGUAGAUUUUUUCACCAAAAAGUUUCCGCAAAUGCGGAAGCUUGCCAGAAAUCAAAAAACACCCUGAAUUUGUUUUUUCAGAUUUUUCAUUACUAUGUGGUGAUGGAAUUCCACUGCUAAUGGAAGAUCAUAAACCUCGUCCAUGUCAACCUCGGCCAUGGUUACCUGAACAAAAAUGUCCGACUGGUUUUUGGUGUCACGAAGGACAGUCGGAUUCUAGUUUUUAUUGUUGCCCGAACAGCAGGAAAUGUAAGUUUUUUUUUGUUUUUCCUAUUGAGCUGAGAAAAUUUCGAAAAUCUCGAAUUACCACAAUUUCUAGCGGGUUAAUGUGUGCAAACACUUUUGUAUAUGUACAGUAGGGUUCUAUCUUUUGGAUCAGAUAAAUUGAAAUUAGCAGCUUCGUGGGUGGUCCCGGUGGAAAAAUAGAAACCUAUGAGCAAAUGUUAUUUUUGACUAAUCUUCUCAAAAUCUACAGUAUUCAGGAGUACUGUAGCUUUGAAUCUGAUUGAACGAAAUUUCCUUUUGAAAUUGAAACAAUAAUAUCUUCAACUUUUCAAUCAAAAUUUUAUCUGAUUUUUGAAACGUAUAUUUUUCCUGCAAAAUAUUCACAUUUCAUAGCUUACAACCAAAUUUUUACAGUCGCAAAUCGAUGUCAUCUUCCUCCAGCUGUUGGCUACGGUAAACAACGAAUGCGUCGAUUUUAUUUCGACUGGAAAACCGAUGCGUGUCACGAGUUACAGUACUCUGGAAUCGGUGGAAAUGAGAACAGUUUUAUGGAUUAUGAAAAAUGCGAAAGUGUUUGUCGUGGAGCUGGCGAACCGCCAAUCUCACUUCCAAGUAAUAUGAAAAUGUUGAAGACUGGAAGUGAAACCACGGAAGAUUUAUCUGGAUUAGGAGGAACAACAACAACACAACCAGAGAUUUUUGAGUUUACCGUGGAACCGAAGAAAACGAGAAAAACUACGAGAAAACCGAUUGAUACACAAGUCAGAACUGAAGCGGUAACUGAAUCAAAAGUUCAAACUGAAACAAGCACGAUGAAAUCGCGAACAACGACACCUUCUACAACAAUCCGAACAACCACGAUUGAAGUUGUUGAUCCGAAUCCAUGUGCACUUGCACCAGAUCAAGGAAGUGCCGGAGAAAUGGCUAUGACUAUGUGAGUUUCGGGAAGGAUAAGGGAAAAGGGGAAUUUGGAGGGGAUGUUUUAAAAGUCAGUAAAGUUAGAAGAACUUAUUUUAAAACUAUUUAUAGUAUCUAGAUUUCUGAACUGAAAAGUUCCUUAUUCAGAAACUUAGAAUAGUUCAUGAUGAAUAUUAGUUUUGUAACAAGAAAAGAUUGUUCUGUGAGGAAUCUGAAAACCGAAAAAUUUAAAUAAAAAUUUCAAUCACAUUUUCCGCAGGUGGUACUUUGAUCAAACCUCCUCCACAUGCAGUCCAUUUUUAUACCAAGGCGCCGAAGGAAACUCGAAUCGCUUCGAAUCCUCUGACGCUUGUUUCGAAGCCUGUGGAAUCGGAAAACCAACUCGAAAAUCUUGCGAUCUUCCACCAUCAAUUGGAAACGGCAAAUUCAACAUUCCUCGAUAUUAUUUCGACACAGUUACAAGAAAAUGUGAACAAUUUUAUUAUAGUGGCAAAGAUGGAAAUGAUAAUCGAUUUUUCAAGAAAACCAAGUGCGAGAAAUUGUGUCUAAAAAGUGAGUUCGUGAAUUAAAAAAAGAGUAGAAUCAGCCUAGCAUGUUUUGUAUUGAUUGUAAGUAAAAUUGAAAAAUUCCACAACUGGGAGAUUUUUUUCAGAACGACCAAAGAAAAAAGAGCACACAUUCGAAUACACAACUCCAUUGACAUCAACACCAAUGAGAAUUGUCCAAAAUUUGGUGGCUAGCGAAACAUCAACACCAGUCACUGAUUUCACAACGAGUUCAUCACAAUUGACAGAUUAUUAUACAAGUCCGUAUGAUCUUUAUGAAUCGACUGCUACGCCACAUCCAACAUUGAUUUUUGAACCGAGAGGAGGUGAGAGUGUAUUGUCGGAUUUUUUACGUUUUAAAAACUUUAUUUAAUUUUUUUUGAUUUCUUCAAUUUGUUAUUGAUAGAAAACAUAUUUUGUUACAGAAACUCUUCCAACAAUUUCUGCACCAACGACCAAUAAUAUUGUUGAUGAUGUUUUUGCAAAUUUAAUGAAUUCAAGGCAGCAACAAAUACUUACUGAAUUGGUGCAAACUACGGCGACACCCAAGAUUCGAUUUUCUUCGCAUGAAAGGAUCAAGGUAAUUUUUAGUCUUCAGUUUUCUAGAAAAAAAGUUUUGGGAUUAUUUGGAAUAUUUUGGAAUUUCCUAUAUUUUUCUUGAUUUUCCUUAACUCAAAAGCUCCACCUUAAGAAGCGUUAGCUAAAUUUUGCAGGCUCAACCAGCUCCAGCUCCAUUGCCAAUCCCAGCUCAACUUCCUCAACAUAUUCUACAUGUAAAAUCAUCAUCUUCUCCUCCUUCUCCACCAAAACAAUCCACCACAAUUCCUAUCACAACAUCCACCCAAGCACCACCCUUAAGUUAUACUCUUCCCUCACCAAUCAACACAAUUGAAACACCCUUAGUUACAUCGCCCGCACCAAUGGUGACACAAAUCAAUGGUGAACCUGAAAUUGAAAUUCAGGGAUCCGUCAAAUCUACAAUCACACAAAAGCCAAAAAUAUUGGAAGUUGGGCCAAUUCCGACAAGACCGGUUCCAUUCCCGAAAUCUAUGGAAAAGAUUCCGGAGUCAACGAAGAUCCAGGUUUCCGGCGAAUCUGAAAUUCCUGGACCGAUUCCAGCUUCAGUUUCAACUCAGCAAAAAGUUUCGAGCACAUCUACCCAGAUCCCAACAUUGGUCCCUGAUUCAGGACUAGAUUCAAGCGAACAAUUAGGCCAGGCUCUAGGUCAAGCUAUUGGCCCGGCCCUCGGACAAACCAAACAACCACAUUUUCUUUUUCCUGGAUUUUUGCCUAUUCAGAUAUCUGGGAAUCAACAAGAGCAACGAACUGGAGAUAAUUCGGUUUGGUUUUUUUUGAGUUUUUUUUUAGUUGGAAACCUAGAAUGGAUUAUUUUGAGCACUAUUUCAGAACGAAAACACUCCUUUCUCCAACCUAACCAAAAUCUUCCAAUUUUCCAGUACACGUUGGCUCCUCCACCAAUUCCAUCUCACCAAAUCGCUCCCUCUCAAAGCGAAUCGCCAUGUGCUCUUCCAAUGUUUGGCGACGCCACAAUUAUGUGUGAGCAUCGUCAAGAGAUUUGUCCGAUCGGCACAUUUUGUCAAAUCGGGCAAGGCCAAAGUAUUUGCUGUCCAAUUCUUGAUUCUCCACCCUGUGAUCAGGAAAUCAAUGAGGGAUUCGGACCAUCAGGAAUUCGAAGAUGGUCUUUUGAUCCGGCUACAAGAUUGUGUCAACCAUUUCAAUUUAAAGGAUUCAAGGUAGGGAAUUUGUUGUCACAAUAGCUGCAUUCUCCCUUUUAUUUUAUUUUAAAAUCAAUGUUUUCCAGGGAAAUCAAAACAAUUUCCAAACCUUCGAAGAUUGCAACCGUGCUUGCGGUGCAACAAACAUUUGUCAAGUCGGUGUUCCAAAACUCUCAAUCCACACACAUCUUCUCUCAUGUCAAUCAGAUGCAGAUUGUCCAUUGGCUCAUAAUUGUCUUCAAUCUACACCUCAUAAUUUAUGUUGUCAAAUGACAGUAAUUUCUGAACCUGAACUCGAACCAUAUCCUUCUCCAUACCAGCCACAACUUCCACCAUCAAACAUCCAAGAAUCAUCUCAAAAUCUGAUUCUCAAUUUCAUUCCGCCUCUCUGUUCUCAACCGAUCGAUAUUGGAUUUGGGCAAAUGUCUGAACAUCGCUGGAGUUUCCAAAAUGGUCAAUGUCAUUCAUUCCUUUUCCGUGGAUCUGGUGGAAAUAUGAACAAUUUUUUGACAAGAAGUGAUUGUUUGAGAAGUUGUCAACCUGGAACUGAAGUUUCGACAGUUACACAAAUUCAGGAAAUUGAUCGAUGUAAGCAAGCAGCCUUGAGUGGACAUGGAGAUUCUUAUCUAUCAAGAUAUUUUUAUUCGCCGGUGAGUUUGGAAAAUAUUUUUGAAGUUUCAAAAUAGCCAGGGAAAAACGUUUGAAUGAGAAAUCUUAGUAUUUCAUUAAAAAACCCUUUUUCAGGAAUACCAUCAAUGUCUUCACUUUAUUUAUUCUGGCGAAGGUGGAAAUGCAAAUAUCUUUGAAACGUUGGCACAAUGUCUUGAAACUUGUGUCGUCAACAAAAUGCAAUUCAAUUGUGAGCACUUAUUUUUUACAAACCUCCAGAAUUUUUUUCUUUGAUUCUGAAAACUUUAGUUUCUAACCAGCUCUCAAACCUUCCAAAAUCAAUAAAAAUUCAGCAUUCGCUACGACAACUUUGCCACCAUUCACCCAACGGCCCCACAAAUUUACAUUCAAUUUCUACCCGAAGAAAAAUGUUUGUCCAAAGGGUGAUGCUUUGAUGACAGUUGAUGGUGAACCGAUUCAAUGUGAUUCUUCGAAAGCUGCAAAAUGUCCAACCGAUCAUGUUUGUACACCAGUUGGAAACACGGCGUAUUGUUGCCCGUCGCCUAGUGAGUUUUUUUUGAUUUUGCAGUUAAUUUUAAAAUUUAAAAAUGGUAAAACAAGAAAAUGAUUGAUCCAAAGCUUCAUUUAAAUUAAUUCCAAAGCUUCAUUUAAAAAAAGAGUUCCACCAAUCUCAUGCAAGUUAUUUUCUGAAUUGAAAUAUUUUUGAAACGUAUUUUUUUCGAUGUUUUUAUUUUGGAGAAUGAAACGUAGAAUUAUUAUUCCACACAUUUUUUUAACUUUUUGAAAAAUCUCCAUCCCUAGCAAUAGAUUUCUCUCAAUUUCCCACCAAAGAAGCUAGAAAAAUCACAAUUUUCCAAACUCCCAAUUAUCUCUUUUUUCUACAAAACAUUGAGGCCCCGCAAUUUUCCAAAAAUAAAUUUAAAUUCCCGAAUUUUCCAGUGAAUUAUUGCCUACAAAAUCGUCCAGCUUUAUCCGUAUGCAGUGGCCCAGAUUUCAAACCAGCUCGAGAAAUUCGAUUCACCUAUGAUCCGAUGGCGGAUAGAUGUAUUAGAUUCAGUUAUCAAGAAUGUCGAGAUCAACUUCCGACAAGUCUAAACACUUUCAAAUCAAAUUCACAGUGCAAUCGAUUAUGUUGUAAUCAGGUAAUUUUGAAACAGAGAAAAUUCGGAAUCGGAACUUAUUAUUAGAGAUUUUCAAUACAAAGAACUCGGAUUAUUCAAAUAUAUCCCUGAUUCUGAGAUUCUAAAAAUGAGAUUCAAUUGAUCAGGACUGUCCCAAUUCUCUCUUCAAAAUAUUUUUUCAGGGCUACAACCUGGUUUACAAACGUCGUUUAUUAAUGGCGAUGAAUGAUUCACCAAUCGAAGAAGAAGAUGAAUAA